AGCCUGGAUCACCGCGAGGGGAGGGGGCGCGCGCACACACACGAGGAAGGUGGUGUUCUAGGGCGGUAGGCGUGGCUUCCUGACGUAUACUUACGGUCUCCUCGGGCCGCCGCCGCGGCUUAGUGGCUAGUGCGGCGUCUCCCAAGCGUUAACCGUUAGGCGGACGGAGUAGGCGCGGUGCUCCGUCCUGCCCGUUGUUGCCUCCUCCGGGGGCGCGCGCGCACGCUCGUUGUCUCGCCCUCUUUCUCUCUUUUUGUCCUUACCUGUCUCGGGCCGGUCUCGUCAUGGAAGCGCAGAAAGAAGCUCUGCAGAGGAUUAUUUCCACCCUGGCACACAAAAAUGAUGAAAUCCAAAAUUUCAUUGAAACACUAAAUCACACAUUGAAAGGUGUCCAGGCUAAUGCUUCUAGUGUAAUCUGUGAACUGGAUGAGGAGUUUGAUGGAUUGUAUUCAAUACUAGAUGAGAUGAAGGAGAGCAUGACUACCAGUAUCAAACAAGCGGAAGCUCAUAAAACUCAAGAACUUCAGAAUCAACUUAGUCAAUGUAGUAAAGCCCUUGAGAACUCUGAAGAAUUGCUAGAAUUUGCUACACGGUCACUGGACAUAAAGGAGACCGAAGACUUUUCAAAGGCUGCCAGACAGAUCAAAGAUAGAGUUACAAUGGCUCCAGCAUUCCGUCUCUCUUUGAAACCCAAAGUGAGUGACAACAUGACACACUUGAUGGUGGACUUCUCUCAGGAAAGGCAAAUGCUCCAGGCUCUAAAGUUCUUGCCAGUUCCUAGAGCUCCAGAAAUAGUUCUAGCAGACUGUCUUGUAGCUGACAACUCUGUAACAAUAUCAUGGCAAAUGCUGGAAGAAGACAACAAAAUAGAUCACUAUGUACUAGAAUACAGAAAAACCAAUUUUGAUGGACUUCCUAGAGUAAAAGAUGAGAGGUGCUGGGAAUCUAUAGACUACAUUAAGGGCACAGAAUACACAUUAUCAGGUCUGAGGUUUGAUUCAAAGUACAUGAAUUUCCGUGUCAGAGCUUGCAACAAGGCUGUGGCAGGAGACUAUUCUGAUCCAGUGACUUUAGAGACCAAAGCACUUGUUUUCAAUCUGGACGGUUCAUCAUCUCAUAUAAACUUAAAAGUUGAAGAUUCCUACGUUGAAUGGGAUUCUACUGGAGGUAAAGGCCAAGAAAACAAAAUAAAAGGAAAAGAGAACAAAGGCAGUGGCCAGAUUACCCUCCUGAAGAACAAUACAAGAAGUGGAACACCAUCUCCAAAACGGUCAUCUGUUAGUUCACGCUCUCCAUUGAUAAGAGGCAGCAGAGAUCGGUUUACUGGGGAAUCAUAUACAGUCCUGGGAGACACUGCUAUUGAAAGUGGACAGCACUACUGGGAAGUGAAAGCCCAAAAAGACUGUAAAUCCUAUAGCGUGGGAGUGUCAUAUAAAAAUUUGGGGAAAUUUGACCAGCUGGGCAAAACUAAUACAAGCUGGUGUGUGCACAUCAAUAACUGGCUUCAGACUACCUUUGCAGCCAAACACAAUAAUAAAGCAAAGGUACUAGAUGUUGUGGUUCCAGACAGGAUAGGAGUCUACUGUGACUUUGAUGGAGGUCAGCUUUCAUUCUAUAAUGCAAGCUCAAAGCAACUGUUAUAUACCUUCAAAACAAAAUUUACCCAACCGCUAUUACCAGGCUUCAUGGUCUGGUGUGGUGGUCUCACAGUGACAACAGGACAGCAGGUGCCGACGGCUGUGAAAACGCUACAGAAGAGUGAGAAUGGAUUGAGUGGUUCAUCUAGUAGCCUAACCAAUGUUGCCCAAUGAUGUUCCUGCUAUAGGUUAACUAAUGUUCUGCUGCAAGUGAUAUUAAGAAGAGCUUGCAAGCAAUGGUUUCAUGUGUUCCUGUUGCUUCUAAAGCCUGAGCACUAAUUCUUGCAGAAUACUUGGGACUAAAUGGAAUAUUGGCAGGAGCAUACUGUGAAUCUGCAGUGUGAUAGGAAAUAGACUGAUCUUUUUUCUUUUUUUUAAAGAGGGGUAUUGAGGUUGUGGCUACAAGUAUGUGACUAUUUCUAUUAGACUGAACUUGAUUACUUGUCUUGUGGCUGCUUCAUCCUUUCAGUAUGAUAAGGAUUAAGUAUGAUCUUAAUCUAAAAUCUCAUUGCUUUCCUUCUCUCAUGAAUUUCUAGCGCUUGACAAAAAGUAGAUGAACUGGGGAUUCUACAGAGAAGCUUUAAAAUGAGAACCUUUUGGAGCCAAUUUGAAUCUACAAAUCUUGACACAAUGGGAAAAGAUACAUAUACUUAGAUUUGAUCACUGUUCUUUCACUCAAAGUAGAGAAUAUACCAUCAGGUAUCAUGGCUCACUUUAACAAGGUUUACCUAGUCUGUGUAGAUAAUGCAUUCUUACACAAGCCAUGCAGUAUACUCUGUGGAGUGGGUUAUCACCUGAUUAUAAAAGAUUAUAGUAUUGCUGACCAGUUUAGCAUAGGAAAGUUUUGAAGUAUUGCUGCUUCCCCCAACCCCAUCCUCCAUAACUUCUAGGGUGUUCUGUAAUUAGAGGGUAAAGUAACUUCUGUGCCCUAUCUCUCUUGUGUGUGUGUGGGGGGGGGGGGGGAAUAAAAGUCCCUGUAGAGUUCAUGAAUGGACAGAGAUCAUGAUGAAUUUAAGAUUGUACCCUUAUUUGGCAUAAACUUAUACUUUAAAUCCAUUGGCAUUUCUGUAGGGUAUGUCCUGAAAAUUGUGCCUAAUUGAAUUGGAGUCAUAAUUAGCUCCUAACUGCAUGAAAUACUUUAAUUUGAGAACUUAAUGUGUUAUGUAUUGAAUCAUAUAAGCCCUCUGUGAUCUUGGCUAGAUAAAAAGUGGAUUGUACAUUGCCUUCUUAAAUGUCUCCAUAACUCCUCCUUUCUUCUUAUGGUAUCAGAAAAGAUUAUUAAGGCCAUGCACUGAAACUUAAGGUAGUUUGUUAAUGUGCUUCCAGCCUCCCUAUUGUUUUAGUUUGGCUCCUAGUCACUUCUUCAACAUGUGGGACUUAUUGUUUGAUUUUUAACAUUUAUUUUUUCUGUGGAUUUGUUGGCUGACUUGAGAACGUUACAAAAGUGUACAAAGCCGACUGAUUUUGUACCUCUCAUCUAUUUUUGAGAAAUUUACAUUUUCCCUUCAUAGAAAAGUUACACUACAAUUUGGAUGUCUUAUAAAAAUAUGUACAGUUCAGCAGAAUUUCCUGUAUGAGUUUUAAUUUCAAGAUUUUCCUCUUGCAAAAGGUUUCCUCAGCAGUAUGUAAGACUAAAUUUUCUUACAUCAAAAGAAUUCAAGCUAUUAGCCCCUUUCAAAACCAAGUUUAAAUAUGGAUUCUACCAGGGAACCAAAAAUUUCCCAUCUCAUACUGCAAGGUUCCUACACUUUAGUGAUGCCACUCUAUUUGUGGCACAACCUCUUUGCACCCUUGUUGGGGAAAAUGAGGAUGUUCUGAGUGACUGAUUGGCUUCAUGCCCAUUGAAUUAAAUGCCAACUACCAUGUGAGAGGGAAGCAGAUUGUAGAACUUAUGAAAUGUCUUACUGAUAUGUUGAAUAUUGUAAACAAUUAAUCUGUAUCCAGAUAUUCCUAAAACUGGAAUGUUUAGGUAUAAAGUACUAGCUUUCUUUUGCACAUCACCGCUAUAGACGGUUAAUAUGCGCGCUGCUGGCAACAACAACAUUGCUGCCUAACGAAAGAGUCUGUAAGCAACUGAAUGCUGUUUUCAAAGCUGAAUAGACAGCCAUACUUCUGAAUUGAUUACAUAUGCAAGGUGCUUCCAAUUAUGCAGACUUUUUUGGUGACUUUUUCUACAACUCAUCUGAUUUGCAGCUGUUACUCCAGACACAGUUGAUCUGGAAGUAUAAAUUAAGAGAAGUAGAGAGAUAGGGUUUUUAUCAUCAUAGGAAGGAUCAUUACUGUGAAGUUGCCUGAGGUCCAGGUGCUUAGUUCUCUUGCUGCUUAACAGGGUAGUUCCAUACCAGAGGAAUUGCCUUAAGCACUUUAGCUCUUUUUUCCCUUAUACUUUGGAGCUAACAAUCCUCCAUCUGUUAGAUCUGUGGCAAGCAUGCAGAUAAGAUACUUAGUGCAAUUGAACAACAUGAUCACUCAAUUGGAAUGCUUUUUGGUGGCUCUUCAAGUGGAGACAUGUUUAUGUAGUCUAACAAACAGGAUGUAGUGUUUUCCCAGUGUGUACAUAAUUUUGUUGGCUUGCCCACUGUAAAAUUUAAAGUAUUUUUGUAUUUGAAGCUAAUGAAGACUUCUGUUUGUAUAUUUGCGGGGGGGGGGGGGGGUUAAAUGUUUGUGUUUAGUUCAUGGAAAUCAUGGUUUUCACUCGAUGUAACACAAUUAUGUAGCUAAGAAAACUCAGUUCCCUUUUAUGGAAUACAGUAGCAAAUUGAAUAUUCAAUUGUACUUAAAUACAAAACUUUAUAUGACCUUCCUGAAAGCUGUAAGAAGCCGAAAGAACAGCUGAAAAACCAGACCAUACAAUGGAAGGGAUCUCAAGGCUUGGUUUUUUAAUGCUUACAGAGGCUAAAAAUCCAGAUUAUUCCCAAAUCAGUAUUAUCAAGCCAUUCUGUUUUCUGAUGGUUGCAGAAAUGGCCAUUAAAUAUUGGCUUAUCUUCUGUAUGUGUUCCAUUUACUAGGAAUGGGUUCUGUUUUGGGGGUAUAAACUAGCCAUGGCCUGCCUUUGAGUCAAGCCGAUAACCUGGUUAACAUUUGGGAAUAAUUAUGUUACCUGGUGUGGUAUUUCAGCUGGACUUCUUGGUGUGAUGGUCACACUUAACUGAUGUAGUUUCACACUUUUUCCUUGACAUCAAAAUGAAAUGUUUUGAAAGCUUACUAAUUGGAAUAGGAAACCUAAACCUCUGUUCCUAAGUACUGUACAAUGGGCUUUUUCUACAUCUCUUCAUCAUAAGCCACCUCUUCAAUUUUCACCACUAGGGAAGUUCCAGUUUUUUUAAUUAUCAGCAUCAGUAAGGAUUUGUGCAUGUGCCUUUAAAGCAAACCACUCCAUAUCAUUCCUUUACUCAUGGCAUAGACGUUGAGAGACUAGAAUGCAUGGUAAUACAUUCUCACACCAAUCUUAAACAAGGAAAUCGCACAUUGACAGUACCUCAGGUAUUCAGUAACUGGUUGUUCAUCCAUUAUCCUUCUGAUUAUCCUAAGACAACAUUCUUGCCUGCCAUAGCAACAUUGUACCACUGGGGUGCCUUAGAGCCCAUGGAGUGUUUUUAUUUGCUGUGUCUCUAAUUCAAACAUGUCUCUCAGAGGUUUUGUACUAAAUAAACAUUUGAAAAACUA